AUGGAUGUCCCUGAGAAAAAAUGGUCAGAUGUAAAAUUUGUCACUGACAACAUUCAGGAGCUUUGUGAUAAGGUGAAACGCAAAGUGGAGGAACAGACACAGAAGGAAUUCAAGGAGUACAAAGCAGUCUUUUACAGGGUAUUGGAUAUUCUAGUGCUACACUAUGUCAUCAAGGUUUAUGUAGGAGGUGAGUACCUCCAUCUGUGGGUCAUCCAAUGCGCUUCGACUGGUGAGCAACUGAUGGGAGUACAACAACAUCACAAGUGGAACGAUCCUCUCAAACCUUUUGAUGAAAACAACUAA